AUGAAAGGCACUGACAGAUGGACUAAGUGCUCUGCCACCCACGCUGUUGACAAGAUUCACUCAGAUGACUUCUUGGAGUUUUCUCUCAGCACUGGCUUCUUCUGGGCACAUGUCCAUAAAGGCCCAUGUUGUCCCCAGCUGAGCUGUGGAUGUCUGCAGAGGUACCAUGGGUUCCUUGGCUGGUUCUCUGGGGGUGGAUCUUAUGAACAGGCCAUGCGUCUCGGAACUUUUCUCAGGAUGAACACACCAACGCUAAAGUUCAGCUACUGA